GAUCCCAUAUUGCUUUUAUGAAGUAUAGAGAAUAGAGUAGUCUAAAUUGCCAAGAGAUAAAAUCUCCAAUUAGAAAAGCAGUAUUUUGGAUAAUAAGUAUUUUAUAACGGAGGGAAAUUUCAGAAAUGCCUGUGACCUUGACCAAAAUAAAUAAAUUAGAUAAUGAAUGGAUGGAUGGAUGGAAGUGCACAUGUGAAUAUUUAGUGACCGAUUAUUAAUUGCACUUUGAUAGAUAUGUAGCCUAUACAAACUACAUUUUAAAAAAUAUGUUAAUAUAUAUAUGUUAAAGAAAGGCAGAGAAAGUAAAAAAAAAGUAAGUACAACAAUCUGUCACCAGUAGGAGGCGACAUCCUCCGGCGGAACGGAAAAAAACCGCCAAAACAAUUUGACACCGUAGAAGAAGACACUUCUGUCCAAUCACACGCUGCGACUGGCGCAAACCGGAAACACUAAAAUCUUACAUUUCAUUUCACAUAAUCGUUUGGAAAACUGCUUAAAGGAUGUCCUGUAACACCAGUGUUACUCGUGUUAAUGUGUCAUCUGUGGCUCAGGCACAGCGAGUCCCGGUCCACUUCCUGCCCUGUGAGAUUGAACACAAUGGGCCGGCCCAGGUCUCAGAAUACCUCACUACUACCACCAAAGACUGCAAACUAGAGAAGACGGUGUCAUUCAGAGGGCGUGGGUUGAAGGGGCAGGAGCUCAGCUGUCCACAGGGCUACACCGGCUUAGUGCUGAAAGAGAUCAACAAGCCCAGCUCUGACCACGAGGACAGGACCUUGAGGGUCUCCUCUGUGUUUGACAAGCUGACCUACUGGAACCUGGAGACGCCUCCAAACUCUGACGACACAGUCGUGAUGGCGAUGGAUUGGCCCGAGUUAGCUGAGGCGAUCCACGGUACAGUAGAAGACUGAGGAGAGAGAAAACGUUCUGCUCAGAGGUCACGAGUGAAACGUACAUUUUGCUGAAUACUGGCUACAGUCAGACAAAUGCUAAUGACUUCAGUGUUACUGUGUUACAAUUACUGAGUAAUAGACGUGAUGUUUUAUAUUUUUGUAUGUUCUUUUGUAGUGAAAUAAAAAAACUGACCAACCUGUGCGAUUAUGUGAUUCAUCGAAACAUGUUCACUUUGUUUCUUUUGAACACAGUGUUUAUUCACAAAGUAACAUUUAGAUUUUGCACACCAUGACAUGAGGAUGAAAUGAUCACUGACUCAACCGUCCCUUCUGAGUAUACAAAAUAUAAUUACUGUGUGUGUGCUCUUACUGUUCGUCACAUUACAGGAAAAACACUACAGGGGGUAAGGUCACAUGGGCAAUAAGAAAAGCCAAACACACAAAGGGUGGAUCCCCAACCUGACUUACUCCAUUCUCACUUCCACUGCAAUACUACCACGUACCAUGAGUAGCUGAACAAUCAAACCUGUUUUCCAUUCCUCACUACUUUGAAUUGACCCUGAUUGAGAAUGCUAAACAAAGUCAAUGAAAUAUGUGGCAAGAUUAUAAGAACAACAAGAUAGCCACAGUGCUAAAAUCAUCUGACCAAAUUUACAGUACAAUCAUGUAAAUCCUGGAAAUGUAUAAAUUGGUGGUCAUAUAAAAUGAAUCGGUUUAUUUGGCUGCCACUGACAUUUCUGGGUCAGCUA